GUUGAUUGUGAGCCACAGUGUCAAGAUCAAAACCUGAUCCUCUGAAAGAGCAGCCAGUACUCUUAAACAUUGAGCAAUUUCUCCAGCCAGUGAGGAUCCCAUCUAAACUUCUGAGAAGCUAAUGGGUAUGGGAUACGAUCUGCCACAGUCCCUGAAGAUACUAGAUCGAAGGCAAGAGAUGACACUGAGGCUGACGAUGAAGAUAAUUUAAUGUGGAUUCCUUCCGGCUCAGCUGUUUCUCAUGCUUGGAAGCUUUCUUUCAGCCACAAAGAUGGUAAUAAAUCUUUGCCUCCCACAGUUCAGACCAAGAAUUCACUGCAACAAGGUGUCAGCUGAUGGUUAUGAAGUAGAAAAUCUCAUCUCUGAAGACCUCAUAAAGAGAAGCCAUGGCUUUAGGACAGAGUAUUUCAUUAGACCUCCAAUCUAUGUGACAGUUUCCUUUCCCUUUAAUGUGGAAAUCUGUAGGGUUAACAUAGAUCUCACAGCUGGGGGAUGUCAGAAUGUCACUGGCCUGGAAUUAUACACAUCUGCCUUAUCUAGCAGAGCCUCUCGGGAUGCACAGGACUGCUGGACUACAGGCCCGAUGGAGACAUCUGUUCCAGACAAGGAGGCCUUCACCUUGGUAGGCAAAGUCUUACUGAAAAACCAGAACCAUGUGGUGUUCAGCCACAGGGGCUUCAAGGCCAGGCCACCUUUUAGCCCGAUGGAAGUCACACUCCUCUCUCCUGCUGUUGUAGCCCAGGAACUCUGGAAUAAAGGGUCUCUUUCCCUUAGCCAUGUGGCCCACCUCAAGAUUGGCAUCACCCAUGUCACAGGCAAUGGCAUCUCUUGCAUCAGGCGUUUAGAGGUGUGGGGUCAGCCAGCCAGGACCUGCUCUCAGGAGGUGAUAAAUAGUGUCUUGUUGACAGCCUCAGAAAGCCUGCCUCAGGACUUGAGUCUGCACACUCCAGCCUUGCCCAUGGAGAGUGACUAUGAGCCUGGGGGUCAAUCUGAGGGCCAUCAGUAUCCCUGUACCUUACAGGGCAUGUCUGAGGUGGUUCAUGAUGUGCCAGAGGAGUUCCUGGAUCCUAUCACCCUGGAGAUCAUGCCUUGUCCCAUGCUGCUGCCCUCAGGCAAGGUCAUUGACCAGAGCACUCUGGAGAAGUGUAACCUCAGUGAAGCUGCUUGGGGACGAGUGCCCAGUGACCCUUUCACAGGGUUAGCCUUUACUCCACAGUCCCAGCCCCUACCUCAUCCUUCCCUGAAGGCCCGGAUCGACCAUUUCCUACUCCAGCACUCUGUUUCAGGCUGCCGCCUGCUUGGGAGAGCACAGAUGCCAUCAGCAAUGACCCCUUCUGUCAUUACUCUGCCCUCAAGGAAGAGGAAGACAGAGCAGGCUGAGCACAGCUCCCACUACAGCCUUGGCAUGAAUGCUUCUUCCUCUGCCACAAGCCCUUUACUCUCACCCACUACCUCAGAGCCGACUGCCAAGAAGAUGAAAGCCGCCAGCGAGCUCGGCCUGGCGGACAUGGACUGUUCAGCAGGUCCAGUGUCCCAUGAGCAGAAGCUGUCGCAAAGUCUGGAAAUUGCCCUGACUUCCACCCUUGGCUCCAUGCCUUCCUUCACUGCCAGGCUCACCAAAGGGCAGCUCCAGCUGGGCGCAAGAGGGAGCAGUGCUUGCAGGAGGCCAGCCAGCAGCUCGGAACAUCUGAGGAGUGUUUCUGGCCCAGAGUGUGCCUCCUGCAAACGAGCAUUUUCUUCCUACUCCACAAAUGAGCCUGUGUACCAGCUGCCCUGCGGCCACCUUCUGUGCAGACCCUGCCUGAGUGAGAAGCAACGUUCCCAGCCCAUGAUGUGCACAGUCUGCCAGCAGCCAGUCACCAGCCAGGAUGUGCUGCGGGUCCAUUUUUGAGUGACGAGCCUCAAUUGGAGAAGUCCCAUUUGGGGGAGACCUGAAGGUGGAGGAAGCGAGAACAGGAUCCGAGUGCCUCUGUCUUCUCUGGGCUUGAACACCUCAUGGUGUGUUCUGGGACUGGGUAGGGACUGGGUAGGGACAUCCCACCCCUGCAUAGACAACAGGGUAACAAAGCCAUAGGGCUGGGAAGGGGAAGACACCCCUGUUCUCCUUGGCCCACCAGAGCCGCCCCCACUGUUCAGGAGCACCCCCCGAUGCCCCAUGGGAUCUGCUACAACCUUCUAAUGGAGCUUCGUGGAUGGAGCCCAGUAGACUGUGCCGGGACCUCACAGCUUCUGUCUCAGGGUCACUCAGCAGUGGACGAUGACAGGGGCUGUUAAGCACAUGAGUUAGCCUUGUGUGCCCCCACCUCUGCAGACACUUGCAGCCUUAAUAAAAUGAAAGUUGAUGUUCAACGAGGAUUCCUCCUGGCACCCAGGACAGGACAGCCAUAUACAAUUGCUGCCACCGGGUAGGCAGGGGUUCAGAUCUAUCAGUGUAGGUGUGUCGGUGCCAAGGGAGGCCAGCAGUGUCCAUCAGGCCAGGUGCCAGUGUGUGUCUGCUUGCUCCUGGAGCCACGCUUCAAGGGAGAAGAUUCCUGUUCCAUAUGCAGCCCACCGUAGGAAUUCUUGUUUGUAGAAAACAUUUUUUAACAAAUUGUGUGUAUGUAUGUAGGCACAUGUGUGCCCCGGCGCCUAUGGAAAUCAGUGCUCGCUGCAGGCAUCAGCUGUGUGGAUCCCAAAGCCUCAGGUCGUCAGCCAUGUGCAUCCCCUCUGCCCUCUGCACUGCCUCCUUAGAUCCCUAGGCUGCAUUUUUUUCCUUCCCAAAAUUAAAUCUUAUGGAAUAAGGUUUAAUUGCAUAUAGCUCUGCUGGCCCUUUCACGAGCUUCCAGCCCGAGGAGACCUGUGCAGGUCCUCACACUCCCACUCCCUUCCAGGCAUGAUGCGCUGUCUCUGAGAUAAGUCACAGCCUCUUGAGCUACAUGUCGGCUCUUCUGGUUGCCCAGGGCCCAGUCCUGAGAUUUAGGGGAUCUGCUUUCAGAGUCCCCAGGAGAUGUGUCAUAGAGGAAGCCAGUAGGAGAAUGUCACCUCUUCCUCCUGCACACCACCAGUCCUGUCAUGCUUCAGGCUUCCUGUGAGACACCAGGGUCGGCACUGCCCGGUGGCUCCUACACAUCACUCUGUGCCUGAGCCUCCCUUCUAGGGCUUGUGUUCUUAGCCCAGGCAACUACAAGGGCUUGGUUUGGGGGUCGCACCUACCCAGAACCUGUCAUGGUCUCCAGAGGAGCCCACUUCCCACUCAGCCCUUACACCUUGAUGUAAGUACGUCAUCCCUGCCCCCACUCCCAUGAGCCCCUGAGCUGCCGCUCCUUUGCAGCUGGCCUGCUCCGCUGGAAAACUGGGUCUGGGAGCCCCUGGGGAGGGCUGGAGAUACCCAGAGUCCAGGCCGGGGGAGCCACUCCCACACCGUCAAUGUGAUUAAGUUUUCUCUUAAAGAUCUGACCCCCACCCCUGUGGAAGUGCUCUUUUUCUCUACCAUCUGCUACCAGAAACAUUGCGAUCUUCCCUAGAAUACGUGAAUGGAAGCUGGGUAUGAUGGAAGUUUGUAAAUCCAAACAUGAAGGACUGCUGUGAAUUCCAGGAAGGCAAACACUUGUCUCAGAGACACUAAAAUAAAAAUAUAUUUGGCCCCGUG